UUGAAGGCGAGGGGUUUUCAAAACGACACCAGUCAUUCUCAUGCGUUGACGAAAGAAGUUGUGAUUUCGGACAACUGCAACUGUUUUUAAGGAUGAGUGCUGUUGCUGUGAAUGAUGAGAAUCGUGGGGUCUGCCCUGGAGGAAAGCAGAACAGCUCAAUUAACGACAUAUUUGCUCUGGAUCAGCCCACUGGGAGGCCCUCCAUCCUGCGACAGACAGAGAACCUGCCCAGCAAGACGGUACCAAAGGCGGCUAAGGUUUGUUUUCAGACUCCAAGAAGAGACCCUGCGACUAAAAGAAUCGUAUCUUCUCCAUCCAAGUCUCUUAAGAUGUCAAGUGUGGAUGAGUGUACCAAAGCAAUCGAGUCCUUAACUUUGGGUCCAAUUAAUUCUUUACAUGAUGAACCCAAACAAGAAGUAUCAUCCUAUCCUGACGAUGACAUGCCCAUACAAAGCAAAGGAGGCUAUCAGCUGGACUUGGAAAACCUCGAUGCUUUCAAUCCAUUUCAGGGUUCUGUUAAGAUGGUCCUCUCCCCCGUGAGGUCUGCUGUUGAUAACCCUCCCACAGAGUCUCCAGAAGCAGAGAAUAUCGCAGAGCAGCCCACCAAAAUAGAAACUGCUCUAGAUGAUACGCUUCCCUUCGCCCCAUCUGUGGAUCACUCCCUGGUUGACACCUCCUCCAACAUCAGCUCCGCAGAGAGCAGCGUGGUCACAGUGUUGAAGGGCCCUGCCAUGGAAGAACAAGAUUCCUGCACUGCCACACCUGAUGAAAAACAACCGUCUCUAAAUGUCACUCAAGACUAUUGUUCAAGCAGUUUUGUGGAAGAUGCUCCACUGCCAACGAAGGGUUCUUAUUCUUUGGAUUUUGACAACCUUGAUGAGGUCAAUCCUUUCCAAACGGGUGGCUCUAAAAUUCCAAAUUCCCCUUUCAUUGGAAGCAAGGUGGCAGAAGCAAACCCACCAGUUGAAGAGAUGAAGGGAAAUGAAUCUAAAGAAGCUCAGGAUGUUCAACCUGAGAUGAAGGGAAAUGAAUCCACAGAAGCUAAAGAUGUUCAACCUGAGAUGAAGGGAAAUGAAUCCACAGAAGCUCAGGAUGUUCAACCUGAGAUGACACCAGCAGCGGCCCCAAUCACAACUCCAGCUGCCGAAACUCCAGCUGCCGAAUCCACGUCCCAGCCAGCUGAUGCCCAUACCCAGGAAAGAGCAGUCAAACUUGAGUUCAAUUUUGACGAUGGCAGUGAGGUCGAACGUAAACCGCCACCCAAGAAAUUGGGCAAAAAGCGAUCUGGUGUCAAACCUAAAGAGGAAAAGCCAGAAUGUGACGUGAAACCACCUAAAGAAGCUCCAGUGAAGCCUGAUGCCAGUGGUGAGGCUGAUGUUCCACUCUCCAAAGGGUCUUACUCAUUUGACAUGGCCAACUUUGAUGACCCAAACUUCAAUCCCUUUGGCACAAAAGCAAGCAUGAUGACCAACUCUCCACAGUGUAGCAAGUAUGCUGAACCUGUGCUACCUGACCCUGUGAUCAUGGAACAUUUGAUUCCAGAGAAAGUGGACAUGCCAGCGGAGAAGGAAGCAUUGUCAUCAGAAUGCGCAGGAGAGAGUGUCCCGGCUGAAGAAAUCCUCCCUGAAACAGAAAGAGAUGAUGCUAAAGACAAGGCGGCUCCGGAUCAUGACUUCGGAUUUCUACUCGAAGUUCAACAGGAAGUUCAGCAACCCACUGAGAGUCUUCCUGGCCGCUUUGAUCUGUGUCAACCUGAGCAGAAGACGCAGACCGCCCAGCCAGAAUUCAAUGAGUUUGUUCCUGGAACGAUGUUCAUGGCCAAUGACUUAGAUGGACAAAUGGAUUACCUGGAACAGUUUGGGUCCCGCAGUUUCAAGGAAUCUGCAUUGAGGAAACAAUCCUUGUACCUUAAAUUCGACCCCCUGAUGAGAGAAAGCCCCAAGAAGUGUGUAGCCCCCGGGGCUCAGGCCCCCGUGCCUCGCCCCGCUGCCUUUGUUUCACGGCUUGAAACUUCUCAGAUGCCAGAAAAGUAUGCAAGCGGAGCACAAAGGGAUGAUUUCCAACUGUUUGAUCCAGCUUCCCCAAUCCUUGCAGACCUCGUCCCUCCUUUCCCUCAGCCAGAGAACACAGAGGAGGCCAUUAUUGAAGUGCUGAGGUACAGUCAGCAGGACAUGGACGCCGCCAUCGUCAGAGUCCAGGCACAAGCAAAGGACACAGAGGAUCAAUGGAGUGCAAAAUAUAAAAGGACACUUGACGAUGGUCAAGAAAUGAGGAAAAUAAUUGCAGAGUUUGAGCUCAUGAUUGCUAAAAUGCUGGCUGAUCAAGAGAAAGAGAGGGAGGUGGCCCAGACGAAGCUCACUGCGGCCCUUAUCGAAAAGGAGCAGGUCUCCAGUGACCUGAACACCAUGGAGAGAUCGUGCUCCGACCUGUUCAAGAGACUGGACAAGUACAAGGAUGUUGUUGAGGGCUUCAAAAAGAAUGAAGAGACUCUGAAAGCCUGUGCUCAGGACUAUCUGGAAAGGAUCAGAAAGGAGGAGCAGCGCUACAAGACCCUUAAAGCCCACGCUGAGGAGAAGAUUGGCCAAGCAAACGGGGAGAUUAAUGAGGUUCGGUACAAGAACAAGUCUGAGACAUCUGCCCUCCAAGCCCAGCUGAGGAGGGAGCAGCUGAAGGUGCAGUCGCUGGAGAAGAGCCUGGUCCAGAAGGAAAAAGAGGCAGAAGAUCUCACCACACUUUGUGAUGAGCUCAUCAGCAAAGUCCAGAGGGGUUGAGCUCAUUUGUAAAUCGUGUACAUUUUAAUGCUUUUCUUUCCUGUUCUUCAUUGUUCCUGUCCUUUUUCAUUCCUUUAUGUUGUGCUUUGUUUGUCUUUAUCAAUGUUAUUAAAAUACUGUAAAAAGAGAAGUUAAUAAAGAUAAUUUAAUCUUUAAUAAAGAGUUGAUGAAAAUGA